GGAAGUUGUCUGAAGAGUCCCGUGUUUUACGGUAACAUUGACUUGACGAGAGUGAUUGAAAUCUUCCCCAAAUCCAGUUGUUCGUUCAGACGAAUACCGGAAUUGAAGACUUCAAUUAACGUGUUCGAUCUGCUCACGAAAGCUUCUCACCAGAAAGAAAAACAAAAGCAAUAUACAGUCUCUUGGUAGACAUAGGCAUAUGCUCCCACUUCAUCAGUUUCAACGAUCGCACAAUGUCUCAAACCGCUUGGAAACUGGUAUUCCCCUCUUUGUUCCUUUUCUUAAUCGGUCCUAAAAUCCAAGGACAAGAUGCAGUAGACAAUGUUAGAGGCUACAGCUGCUCUGAUGGCCCAAAACGAUGUAAUACAUAUGCUUUUUAUAAAGCCCAGGCUCCUAAAUACCUUGAUCUGGUGAAAAUCGGUGAUCUAUUCGGUGUUCAAAAGUUUGAAAUAACAGUACCCAGUAGUUUGCCUGGUAAUACCUCUUCUGUAGCUGAAGGGCAGGGUUUGUUUGUUCCGAUUAAGUGUGGUUGCGUAGGAAAUUAUUCUCAGGCCAACAUACUCCACCAGAUACUGGCGGUAGAUACCUUUUGGAAGAUUUCAACACAGAACUUUGAGUAUUUGACCACAUAUCAGGCUGUAGAGAUUGCAAAUCCUCAUUUAGUAUCAGAAAAUCUCACUAUUGGUUCUUUAAUUACCAUUCCGAUCAGGUGUCAGUGUCCAUCCGAAGCCCAAAUUAGUAAAGGGAUCAAUACGCAGAUAACAUAUGUUGUACAGAGAGAAGAUACUCUUGAAUCCAUCAGUGAAAAAUUUCUUGCAAAUCUCGAGGAUUUGAUGUCUGCGAAAGGUAUGCCUUCAAAUUUAAUUCCUAAUACUACACUCUUGGUUCCUAUCUCUGUAAGACCAAAAUUAACUCAAUCUCCAUCUUCAAAUACAAAUAAUGGUUCUUCCGUUCCUGCACAACCACCGUCACCAUCUUCGUCUUCAAGUACAAAACUAUUUCUGGGUGUUGGAUCUGGCAUUGUGGCUUGUAUGGCAGGUGCGCUGUGGGUUUACUUCUACUUUCUCAGAAGAAAGAGAGCUGCAUCCAUCAGUGGCCAAAAGCUUCUAGCAGACAUGGAUCUUGACAAGCUUCUACACCACAUUCCGCGACGAUUUAAGAUUGAUGAUCUAAUAGUCGGAACUAACAAUUUCAGCGAAGCUCAAAAGCUUGGGCAGGGAGGAUUCGGCGGAGUGUACAAAUGCAAUCUUGUUCAAACAAAUGAGAUUGUGGCUGUAAAGCGCAUCUCAGAAGGUUCGAGGCAAGGGAUUAAGGAAUUCAUUUCAGAAGUGAGUAUAGUUAGUCGUUUGAGACAUCGGAAUCUUGUUCAACUCUUGGGAUGGUGCCACGAGCAAGACCAGUUGCUUUUGGUCUAUGAAUAUAUGUCUAAUGGAAGUCUAGACAGACAUAUUUUUCCCAAAAUAGGAGAAGAAGAGCCUAGAGUACUGCAAUGGAGUAUCAGGUAUAAAAUAGCCAGUGAAAUAGCAAGCGCAUUGCUGUAUCUUCAUGAAGAAUGGGAUGAAUGUGUUGUGCAUAGAGAUGUAAAAUCAGGUAAUAUUUUGCUGGAUAGCAAUUUCAGCGCAAAGAUUGGGGAUUUCGGGUUAGCGCGUAUGGUGAGUCAUGAGCGUCUAGCUCAAACCACCCGAGCUGCGGGAACAUUGGGAUAUUUGGCCCCUGAAUGUGUUGCAUCCGGAAAAACUAGUCCUCAAUCUGAUGUUUACAGCUUUGGAGCCGUGGCUCUAGAAAUAGCCUCUGGCAAACAGGCAAUAGAUGUGAGCUUGGUAGACUUCGACAUGCGUCUUGUAGCAUGGGCAUGGGAUCUAUAUGGUGGAGGUAGACUGUUGGAGGGUGCAGAUGUGAGAUUAAAUAGAGAGUUUAAAGAGGAAGAAAUGGAACGAUUGAUGGUGGUGGGGUUGUGGUGUUCUCAUCCUGAUGCUACUAGUCGCCCUAAAAUGAGGCAAGUGCUUAGGUUACUGAAUUUUGAAGUUGCAGCGCCUCUUCUUCCACCUGCAAUGCCUGUACCAUCAUAUGAGACCAACAGGCCUUCACUUCCAGUAGUAUCACACAGUCUUCCUUCUUCUUUGAGUCCAAGGUAGAUUUAUCUUCAAUUUCUUUAGUCUGUUAUAAUUCUCUAGGUAUGGGCUAACGUUAGCCUAGCUUUCAUAUGGGGAUAACUUUCUUGUUAAGGGCUAUCUGUUUGGGGGUUGCUUUUUUUGUUUCCGCAGUCUGAAGCAUCAAUGAAAAGUGGCUAUGAAGCUACAUAAAAUUUAAGUUAUGUAAGAGUCUUUUUCAUAUAUAUAUAUAUGACUGAAUAGCCACUUCUGCGUUAUAUAUAUAUAUAUAUAUAUGCUCUGAUAAAACAACCACAGUAAGGCUAUUGUUCCAAGAAGGGGGGUUUCCUGAAAAUAUUUAGUGGGUGUUGCUAGA